UCCUGUCAGGACGCCUGCUGCUGCUGCUAAAUUAUUGCCCUGUUGUUCGCUCUCAUUGCUCCAUUGCUAGUUCUCGCAGCCGGAUCGGACCAGCUGGCGGGGGUGGAGGAGGCGGCGGUGGGUGGCCGGGUGGUGCCGCCGGCGCUGGCCCGAGAGCCCAGGUGACGGUGAUGGCUAGCGCCGGCGUCAACAUGCCCGGCGGCGACGGGAACCCAGGUGCUGCAUCGUCCUCCUCCACCACGGAAUGCCGGCUGCGCAGGCGCCGCCGCCUCGCGCCCCCGCGCGCCACCGUGGCCGCCGGGGGGCCCAGCGAGGAGAAGCGCAUCCGGCCGUCGUCGGCGUCGGAGGAGGAGGAAGGGCAGGAAGGAGAGGCAGACGCAGUGCUAAAGGAGGAGGAAGAGGGGGGAACGCAGCAGCAGCAGCUGCCGCUCUCGGCGGCUGGGCCGCAGCCUCCGCCGUCCCCCGGCGCGGCGGCGCGGGCGUGGCCGGUGGCGUUCGGGUGGCUGUCGGUGGCGGGGCGGUCGCGGGAGAUGGAGGACGCCGUGUCGCUCCGCCCGGGGUUCUGCACCUGGAUCGAUGGCUCGCCCAUGCACUUCUUUGGGGUCUUCGACGGACACGGCGGAUCCCAUGUGUCAACGCUGUGCCGGGACCGGAUGCACGAGUUCCUGGCCGAGGAGCUCGCCGCCGAGGGAGCGGCCUUACAAAAGCAGCAGCAGCAGCAGCAGGCGACGGAGGGGGAAGCAGGGACGACGACGAGCGCCCAACCGCAGGUGGUAGAAGACGAGAAGGAGGAGGAGGAGGAGCGGGCGUGGCGCGCGGCCCUGGACCGGACGUUCCGUCGCGUGGACGCGCUGGCGUCGCUGGCGUGCGCGUGCGGGCGUAUCGUGCGGCCUCCGUGCCGGUGCCUGCUGUCGUGCAACUCCGACAUCGUGGGGUCCACGGCGGUGGUGGCCGUCCUGGUCCGCGGCUGCGUCGUCGUGGCCAACUGCGGCGACUCCCGCGCCGUGCUCUGCCGGGGGCCCGCCGGAGCGCCGCCAGUCCCGCUCUCACGCGACCACAAGCCGGACCGGCCGGACGAGCUGGCGCGGAUCGAGGCGGCGGGCGGCCGGGUGAUCUACAUCAACGGCCAUCGCGUGCGUGGAAUCCUCGCCAUGUCGCGCGCGCUAGGAGACAGGAUGCUACGUCCUGAAGUGAUCGCUGAGCCUGAGAUCACCGUAACGGACCGGACGCCGCAGGACCAAUGCCUGAUCCUGGCGAGCGACGGGAUGUGGGACGUCAUCUCCAACGAGAUCGCCUGCUCCGUGGCGCGGCAAUGCCUGGAAGACGGGAACCCUUCUCCCGCCGACGACGAGCCGGCGGCAGGCGGCGGCGAGGGUGCCGCCGCCGGGCCGGAGCAGGAGGCACGGUGCUCCAGGGCGGCGUCGCUCCUCGUCAGGCUCGCGCUAGGCAGGACCACCUGGGAUAACGUCAGCGUCGUCGUCAUCGAUCUCAAGCAGAGGGAGUGAGUAGCAGGCUGCCUCUGAAUCUCUGAUGGUGUUGUCGAUCUGAUCAUGUCAUUCAGGGUAACCUGGAUGCAUUGACAUCGUAGCAGCGACUCUGCUUGGUAGCUAGUGAACUGAUCUUGAGAGGAGGGGCAGUGCAGUGGUCUAGACUAAACUUGAGACGAUUUUCUUUGAUUGGAAUAGUUGGUUUUUUUUAAGUUGCAUUCGGAAAGAAAGAAAGUGUGUCCACAAAGAAAAGAAAGAAAAGGAGAGAGAGAGAGAGAGAGAGAGAGAGAGAGAGAGAGAGAGAGAGAGAGAGAGAGAGAGAGAGAGAGAGAGAGCAAUUGUACAGGGUAUUAUGCAACAUUUAUGUACAUUAUUGUCAUCUACAUGUUCGGCUGGACGUUUGCAGUCUGGCUGCCGUUUAUGUGCCA